AUGCUUAAUGCCGGCCGUAAUCUCUGCAAAUCCAAGGUCCACAAGCAUGCCAGCUUCUCGCCGUUCGCUCUCCACCACCACACUCCAAUUCCCAGCAAAAGCCAAGCUCUAACCUUCACCACCACGCACCCAAAAGCUCAAUCACGGCGGCAGCCAUAUAAACCAUCCUCUCGCAUCCCCUCCGCCAAGAGGCACAUACCUCCCCCAACAACUUCCUCACAAACGCCACCUGCCGCAACUCAAUCCUCUCCCCCUCCCGUCGCCACUUCAUCCGCCCUUGACCCAUCCUCCACAACCCUCCCCCCUCCCUUGACCCUUCCCGACCGCCCCCCAGGCACACCAUGGUACAAAUACUACUUCAGCGUCGGUCGCACUCUCCUCAAAUUCUACAAGACCGGGCUCCUCGCCCUCUUCGCGAACCGCAAAAUCCUCUUCCAGGCGCCGCUGCGCCCUCACCUCCUCUCCGCCAACGCUCGAAAAGCUUUGCUAGCUGGCGAGAUCACGCGGGCGCAAUAUGUAUUCAUUAAGAGGGUGAAGGCAGAUUUGUUGAAGGUCCCGGUUUUCGCGGUUUUGUUGCUGGUUUGUGGGGAGUUCACGGCGCUGUUGGUGCCGUUCGUGGGGGCGAUCGUGCCGAAGGUGGUAUGGUUGCCUGUGCAGUGGGAGAGGGCGCGGAGGAAGGCUAAGGAGAGGAGGGAAAGGGCUGGGAAGAAAGUGGGGUAUGCGCGCAAGGAGGCAGGUGGUGGGGAGGUGAAGGGGCUGGAUUUCUCUUACUUUCCGAAAUCUAGGGAGGGUGUCGAGAGAGGGGAGCAUUGGAAUGAGAUGGUCGUGAAUGGUGUGAGGUUCAAUGCUUGGCCUGGCCUGUGGGACCCUCUUGUCUAUUUGAAAUUACUUCCUGGUGCAACUCUACUCAAGCGGCUGGAAAAUCGAGCGGAUGAGUUGCGGCUGGAUGAUCGGGCUAUUGCCAGAGAUGGUGGGGCUAAGGAAAUCAGUGUUGAAGAGGUGAAGCUAUGUCUGGACGCAAGAGGGACCGAUGUUCGAGGGAUGGAGGAGAGCGAGAUGAAGGCUAUUCUAGGAAGAUUCAUCGAGAAAAAUCGAGAGGAGCACAAGAAAAAGAGGCACGAGGGAGGAACGAAAGGUGAACCUUGGGGGAGUAAGGUAUGA